CACGGCCGUCCAGCCGCCUGACCAUGCGUUACUGAAUGCAUGAGAGGCCGGGCAUGAAGUGAAACCCCGUCCAAUGAUUAUGCAGGGGAGAGGUGAUAAUGACUUCCUAUCAAGAGUUAACGGCCGAAGGGGAGAGUAGCCCUCUGUUCACGGGCUGCUGCCGAGCAAAAGAGGUCAUAAACCGGGACCUGGAAGACUGGACUCAUCCUGAACUCGACAGUCGUGAUGACGAGGGGAAACUGGAGGUUGAAGUAGCAUCAGGAUUUAACACAACGCAUCCCCGGUACUUAACUCUCUCCAACAGUUUGACUCUGUGCACCUCUUUGGACAACCCUCUUCCUCCUCCUGCACCGUGCGGGACUCUCGAGGGCUUCUCGACACCGGCCUGCCCCCACUCCUCCCGUGUCCCCUGGCGGUGCAGGGCGCAGGAGCAGGGCUCUCCAGGAGUCGAAUACCGCGCGUCAAAUAACAACGAAACGCUGCAGUCCGGGUUUGGGUCACUUCCAGACUAUAUUCAAAUCGACUCCCGUAAUGACCCUGAGAUUCACGUCGCCGUGGGGAGUUCAGCUGGCUCGGACUGUAACGUAGCUGAUGUGGAUGUAAACAGUAAAACUUUUGAGUGGAUGAGAGUGAAGAGGAGUCAGCACCGGGCGGCCAGGAUGCACAUGACCUGUGGGUUCAGUGUCGUUGGCUCGGGCCUCGGUGCUGUUGAGGCUGGAAGCAGCAGCAGCAGCAGCAUCUGCACGGAUGGCUGUCCCACGGCGAAUGGGACCCCGAGGACCAGCUUCAGCACCAAGCAGCUGACCGAGCUGGAGAAGGAGUUCCACUUCAACAAGUACCUGACGAGGGCCAGGCGGGUGGAGGUCGCCAGCGCCCUGCAGCUCAGCGAGACGCAGGUGAAAGUUUGGUUUCAGAACAGACGCAUGAAGCAGAAGAAAUUGCAAAGAGACGGGCUGCUGGCCGACCCGGGGCACGCAGCGCCGCACUCACACGCCGACGCUCUGGACACCUGCUCCUCUCCUGGACCGUCCUCGCCAAAACAUCUGCCCCUGAACUCCUGAGCCGCAGGAGCUGCACCGCGAGUUGAACAGCGAGAGGCUGAAUGCCUGCCUGCAGAUGUUUUGAUUCCGGUUUGCAUCGGUUUCAAUCAGGCUUCACCCAGUAUUUGCUUACCACGAUGGAUGCUUGCUCGCAAGAAGCGCAGUAGCAAGUUUCAUGCAAGAACGGGUCAAAACAAUUUGUCAUCCUCCCCGGCUUCAGACUGGCGCUCUGAUUUGAAUAUUAAAAUUCAAGUCAUUCCAUUGCGCUCCUAUCUAGGCAAUGUAAACGAAGAAACAAAAUGAUAUUAAUUGUCCAUAGAAGUUCUGGCAGACUAUUUAUUUGUUUAUGUUGUACGAUUUAUUCAGGAAAUGACUUUACUUGAAUAUAUUUAUUCUACAUGACACACGUUUCCUAGUUUUGUUUAAAAUAACCCAAAUGGGUUACUUUCAUUUAUUUAAGCUCCGCAUUUGUUUAUGUUUAUUUUAUUUGCAAAAGGAAAAAAAGUAACCUAUAUUUUUAAUGAGUUUGACCAAUUAUUCCACCAAAUCGCACCGCUGCUCUUAAUCCUAAUCGAUUGAUAAUCCAACAACGUGGACAUUUAAUUUUUUAUAUAUCUGUAAAAAAAAAAGAAAAGAAAAAAAAGCCCACAUUUGAUGAAGAAAAUCCGCUGCACCUGUUGUAAACAUCAACGUGAUGUGUUAGCUGAUAGCCUAAUUAUCAGGCCAAUUUAGCAGAGCUCUAAUGCUGCUUUAAUGUUGUAUAUUUUGUCCGGAAAAGUUUUUAUUAGCCGAAGACCACCGAGAGAUUAAAAUGCCAUAAUUGACUGAUAGAUUUAUUGACCACUCGUAUUAAGAGUAUUGAUCCGUGGUGAUCCAUCCAUUCGAGGCACAAAUCUGGGAGCGUUUGCGUGCAUCUGUAACUGCAUGUUAAUGGCAUGUAGAAACGCCACGAUCGGGAGCUGUUGCGUCUUUUAUUGCACCUAUACAUGCAUCACAGUGUGAUCAUUUAGCUUGAACACUCAUGCGGGAGAGCAGACAAUAACACGCUGUCUGUGCUGUGUUGCACAUCAGCCAAUAAAUUGCGUUGGCCCCAGCAGUUCGAGCAGCUAAAUAUUCCUUCCAGAUUCACAUCUCAUCGCAAAUAAAGUAAAUGACUGUAAAGUCGGCCCUUAAACACUGUUAUGUUCCCGGUAUCGCAAUGCGUUUCUGUCAUAUUAAUGUCUAUUCUAAUAUCAGGAUAUGAGCCAUCAGCUCCAUUGAUUCUCAGUCAGGGAAUAUUUUUUUUUAGCUUUCAAUUAGCGAUGUUUGCAUUGCAUACGAAUGGAGGCAGAUCAGAGAGCGGAUGUUAAUGUUAACAGAAGGAUUUCAAGUUAAAGCAGCCGGGUGUUGUCCCCUGGAAAUGAAAUUAAAAAAGCUGCAAUUAAAACGAAUUAAUUAGGUCCGUUUGAAACAUUUAAACAGGUGUCCUCAUUGGAAUUUGUGCCGUAAAGAAAACUAGGCCCAAACUAAUAAUAUGAUUAGACAGAGGAGUGGACGUGAAGGCAACAAGGCCAAGCUAAUGUAUGCAGUCACACCAGAGUUCACCUCUCACCUCCUGACCUUUUGUCUUGCCUCGGGACAACGAUGACCCGGUCAGCGGCUCGGAGAGAGAAAGAUGCACCAUUAAUAUGGGUGACCUCGAAGUCUGAGCUUUCUU